AUGGGCUCCCAGCCGUCCAAGCCCGCCACCGACGCGGCCAACGAAAAGGCCCUCAUCGAGCGCCUCCGCCGCUUCCAGAUGGCCGCCGACGGAGACGACGGCGCCUCCUCCAUCGACGCCGGAGGCGACCCCGGCAGCGAGAGCAACGAGAAGGGCGACGUCAGGCUCACCCGCGAGCCUGAGGGCCUCCCCGUGCACCUGACGCAGUCCUGGCAGUCGCGCUUCCUCCAAGACCCCAAGAACAAGCUCGCCCUCACGGCCCUCAGCACGGCCGACCCCCGCGCCGUGCUGGCGUCGACGCCCGCGAAGCUCGCCGACCCGCACGUCUUCAACACGCGGAUCCCGUUCGAGGGCGCGCCCAUCACGAACCAGCGCUCGUCCGGACGGUGCUGGCUCUUCGCAUCGACCAACGUCUUCCGCGUCGCCCUCAUGCGGCGCUACAACCUUGACGCCUUCGAGCUCUCCCAGUCCUACCUCUUCUUCUGGGACAAGCUCGAGAAGGCAAACUACUUCCUCGAGCAGGUCAUCGACACGGCCGGCGAGGACCUCGACGGCCGCCUCGUCCAGGCCCUGCUCGGCGACAUCGUCAGCGACGGGGGUCAGUGGGACAUGGUGUAUAACCUCGUCCAGAAGUACGGCCUCGUCCCGCAGGCGCUGUACCCGGACUCGUGGAACGCCAUGAACUCGGGCGUGCUCAACACCAUCGUCAAGACCAAGCUGCGCGAGUACGCCCUCGCCCUCCGCCGCCAGGUCCGCUCCGGCUCCGCCACGGCCCAGACGCUGUCCUCGGCCAAGGACAAGAUGAUGCGCGAGAUCCUCUCCAUCCUCACCAUCGCCCUCGGCCCGCCGCCCGGCCCGCGCGACGAGUUCACGUGGACGUACCUCGACAAGAACGGCAAGCCGCACGAGCUCCGUACCACGCCCGCCGCCUUCGCCCGCGACAUCUACUCGCCCGAGCUGCGCGUCACGUCCUCCGUCAUCGACUCCAUGGUCUCCCUCGUCCACGACCCGCGCCACGAGCCGCUGACGCUCCUCACCGUCGACCGCCUCGGCAACGUCGUCGGCGGCCGCGGCGUGACCUACGUCAACGUCGACAUGGCCACCCUCAAGGCCGCCUGCGUCGCCAUGAUCAAGGCCGGCCUGCCCGUCUUCUUCGGCUCCGACGUCGGCAAGUUCAGCUCCACCGCCGCCGGCGUCAUGGACCUCGACAUCAUCGACUACGAGCUCGGCUUCGGCGUCUCCCUGCUCGGCAUGGACAAGGCGAGCCGCCUGCGCACGGGGGAGAGCGCCAUGACGCACGCCAUGGUGCUGACGGCCGUCCACCUCGACGCCGACGGCCGCAGCGUCAGGUGGAGGGUCCAGAACAGCUGGGGAGAGACCGCCGGCGACAAGGGCUGGUUCGUCAUGACCGACGCCUGGAUGGACGAGUUCGUCUACCAGGCCGUCGUCGACCCGCGCUUCCUGAGCAAGGAGGUCCGCGCCGUCAUCGGCACCGAGCCGACCGUGUUGCCGCUGUGGGAUCCCAUGGGCAGUUUGGCGUAG